AUGAUAUAUGGUUAUUGCGUGGUGUUCGACGAAAUGCGUGAAAGAGAUGUUGUGUCUUGGAACACUCUUCUUGGAGUGUUUUCAGUACAUGGAUUCAGCUUGGAAGCGAUUAAUUUGUUUUCUGAAAUGAAUUUGAGAUCUGGGUUUAGGCCAAAUAUGGUGACUCUGGUUAGUCUGUUGCCGGUUUGUGCAGAGCUUGAAGAUGAGGUGAUGGUGAGGCAAAUUCAUGGCUAUUCUGUGAAAGUUGGUUUGGAUCUUCUGUUGAUUAUUGGGAAUUCGCUGGUUGAUACAUAUGGGAAAUGUAGGAACUCGAAGGCCUCCAAGCAAGUUUUUGAGGAAAUGGCGGAGAGGAAUGAGGUUUCUUGGAAUACAAUGAUUAAUUCCUUUGCUUACAUGAACUGCAAUGAGGAUGCCUUGGAUAUGUUUAGGAUGAUGAUUAAAACAGGAAUAAAACCGGAUUCAGUCACCAUUUCUAGCUUGGUUUCAGUAUUGGCUGAAUUAGAAUGUUUAAAUUUUGGGAAGGAGAUUCAUGGUUUUUGCUUAAGAAUGGGUAUUGAAUCUGACAUUUUUGUUGCAAACUCGUUAGUCGAUAUGUAUGCAAAAUCAGGUCAAUUGAGAGGAGCAUCAAAUGUUUUUUGCAAGAUGGGCAUUAAGAAUGUUGUUUCUUGGAAUGCCAUGGUUGCUAAUUUUGCUCGAAAUGGACUUGAGUUAGAUGCUGUAGAACUAGUGAGAGAAAUGCAAACUUGUGGAGAAAUUCCUGAUUCUGUUACCUUGACAAAUCUCUUACCGGCUUGUGCUCGAGCAGGACUAUUCUGUUCAGGAAAAGAAAUUCAUGCAAGGAUAAUACGGAUGGGAUCUGGAAUAGAUUUGUUUCUAUCCAAUGCUCUAAUAGAUAUGUAUGCAAAAUGUGACUGUUUAAAUUUAGCUCGUAGAGUAUUUGAUAUUUCUCUCAGGGAUAAAAUAUCUUAUAAUUCACUCAUAAUAAGUUAUUCGCAAACUAAUAAUUGUGCAGAGUCCUUAAUUUUAUUCUCCAAAAUGGGACUCAUAGGUAUGAAACACGAUAUGAUAACUUUCGUAGGUGUCAUUUCAGCCUGUGCAAAUCUAGCCGCAAUAAAGCAAGGGAAAGAGAUCCAUGCAUUAUCAAUAAGGAAAUAUUUUCAUACCCAUCUCUUUGUUGCUAACUCACUUUUGGACUUUUAUACCAAAUGUGGACGAAUACAUCUUGCUACUAAAGUCUUCGACCGGAUUGUGAACAAGGAUGCAGCAUCUUGGAACACUAUGAUUUUAGGUUAUGGAAUGCUAGGUGAGUUAGAUAUUGCAAUUAAUCUCUUCCAAGCCAUGAAGGAGUAUGGAGUGAAACCUGAUUCUGUUACGUAUAUAGCGAUGUUAUCAGCUUGUAGUCAUAAGGGGCUGGUUGAGAAGGGGAAACAAUACUUCAAGGAAAUGAAAGUUGAGAAGAUUAAGCAAGCGCAGGUGCACUAUGCCUGUAUGAUUGAUCUCCUAGGCCGAGCUGGGCAUAUGGUAGAAGCCGUGGAGCUCAUUAAGAGCAUGCCCGUUGCACCUGGUGUUGAUAUAUGGGGUGCAUUGCUUGGUGCAUGCCGGAUUCAUGGGAACAUCGAACUGGGAAGUUGGGCAGCUGAGAAUUUGUUCAAGUUGAAGCCUCAGAAUUGUGGGUACUAUGUGCUGGUUUCAAACAUGUAUGCAGAGGCAGGAGAAUGGGAUGAGGCAAGCAAGGUUAGAGAAUUGAUGAAGUCAAGAGGGACAAAGAAGAAUCCUGGUUGCAGUUGGGUUCAGAUCCGGGACCAGGUACAUGCUUUUGUAAAUGGAGAGAGGAUGUUGAAAUUGAAUAGAGAUGCUUGGUUAGCAGACAUCUCUUAGAUUUUGUUUAAUUGACAUGAGUUGAUUUUGCUGUGCUUGUCAUAAAUGAUUUUCUUUUGUAAUUUUCACUUAAUUUAUCAGAAAAUAAUGACAUUAUCUUUAUUUUCUAAAAAAGUUGAAGUAAAAUUAAGAUGCCUUAACACUAAAAUUAUAGAUAUAUUUUAGACAGUUGAUAAUUAUCACAUGCAGAAAAAUUCUCCUUUCUGUAACAUUUUAAAUUAGUCUACAUUAAAACAAAUACUCCCUUUUAUCAUAAGAAAACAAAAACUCCCAUCAACCUCCAACAACUUAAAAGUAAAAC